GCCCACUCCUGAUAUAAUGUUGCCACCUGUCACCUGUGGACAAAUCUUGAUUUUUGAAGCUUCUAGUUGAGCUGUUGUACUAAACUCUGAAUAUUGUCGGCAUGAUGACAACAGUUACACUUAGCACAGGCGCAAAAAUGCCAGUUGUUGGUCUUGGAACAUGGCGGGGAGGACAAGGAAAAGUCGGUGAGGCUGUGAAGCUGGCUAUAAGUAAUGGAUACAGGCACAUAGACUGUGCUUAUGUGUAUGAGAAUGAGGAGGAAAUUGGGGCUGCGAUUCAGGCAAUGAUUGACCAAGGAGUUGUGAAAAGGGAAGAGCUGUUUAUUGUCAGCAAGUUAUGGUCCACCUUCCAUGUUCCAUCUCUUGUGAAGUCGGCGUGUGAAAAGACUCUCAGUGACCUGAAACUGGACUAUUUGGACCUGUACCUCAUGCAUUUCCCGACAGCAAUGAGGCCCGGGAAAGAGCUUUUUCCAAAAGAUGAGGAAAAUCAAACCAUUCUUGAUGACACCAAUUUCUUAGAUACUUGGGAGGCCAUGGAGAAGCUGGUGGAUGACGGAGCGGUGAAAGCCAUCGGUGUAUCAAACUUCAACAAAGAGCAAAUUGAAGCCAUCCUCAAUAAACCCGGCCUCAAGCACAAACCAGUAACCAACCAGAUUGAGUGCCAUCCAUAUCUGAAUCAAGAGAAAAUGAUCAACUACUGCAAGUCAAAGGGCAUCUUUGUGACUGCCUUUGCUCCCCUUGGCUCCCCCGAGAGGCCCUGGGCUUCCCCAGAAGACCCUACGCUGCUGGAGGAACCCAUCAUCAAGGAAAUCGCUGCCAAGUACAAGAAAAGUUCAGCACAGAUUCUCAUGAAGUUUCACACCCAGAGGAGUGUGGUCGUCCUUGCCAAGUCAGUAACACCCAGUCGUAUCAAAGAAAACAUCCAGUUGUUUGAUUUUGAGUUAAGUGAAGAGGACAUGGCCAAACUCCGAAGCAUGAACAAGAACUGGAGAGGAUUUCCUGCUGCAUGGGUGGCCAAACAUAAACACUACCCCUUUAAUACAGAAUACUGACCCAUUUUGGACUCUCUGUUUCCUUUUUUUUUUUUAAAUACACAACUCAGAAUGGCUUGUGGUGCCACGUUAAAAAAAAUUAAAUCAACACAUGCAAAACCAAAUAAAACCAGCUUGUUUGAAUUUAUGCAAAUACAUUUUCCUAAAUGUUUAUUUUGUGUAACAGGUUUGAUCUUAUUUAGUCUAAAAAAAAAAAAAUCACAAGUUAAAUUGGACAAGAAUAAAAACAUGGCCGCUUAAACAUACAUGUGUUUAUCUAAAAAAAAUACUUUUUUUAUUUUUUUUUACCAUUUACUAAGAAACAAAGUAAAUUUCCUGUAAAAUACUAACUAUAAAUAUUACGGUAUUGUUUGAAACACCAGUAACAGCAGAUGAGGGGUUUGGCCGGUAAAGAAAACUGCACACUGAAAGCUUUUCUUCCACAGAACCUUUUAUUGCAAAGCUUGAAACCAGAAAAAAACAGGAAGUGAAAGCAGAGAUUUUAGUAACUGAAAUAAAGCACAUGACAA